UCUUGGUCUCACUAUCUUCACCAUAACCCUCCAUUGCACCCACUCUCAUCAUGCUGCUCGCUGGAUACGACUCGGACUCUGACGCCUCGGGCUCGGCCUCACCACCCCCUGCGCCCGCCCCGGCCCCUGUUCCUGCGACAAAACCAGUAGUCAAGAAGAAGAAGCCCGUCAAGAUUGCUCUUGAUCUUCCGCCGAAAGCGAAGGGCAGUGGAACGAGCAAGGAGCCCGAGGUUGAAGCCGAUGCUGGCGCCGACACCGACGCCGACGCCGAAGAUAGGCCGCCGGCCAAGAGGAAACUCGGAGGUGUGGGAAGCUCUGCAUUGCUAGGCAUGCUUCCCCCACCAAAACGUAAGCUGCCAUCGACUGGGAUCAAAGCCAAACCCGGCUCGGCAUCCCGGCCACCAACAUUGGGCAUCAGCAUGGGGCUGUCGCGGCCUUCGGUGGACGAUAAUGACCACGACGCGCCGGCCUUCGUCCCCAAGGUUGUCAAGCGCAAGGCGGAGGAGAACCUCGAUCUUUUCGGGCUAUCCGAGGCCGUCACCAAGCCAGCUCUGUCGCUCCCAAAAACAACACCAAAGCCGACAAACAUCACAUCCGCGCCCCCUGUGUCCGAGUUCGUCCCACCCGCGCCGAGUCCCGACGACCCUUAUCCGGGCUACUACCAGCUUCCUUCCGGCUCGUGGGCGGCCCACGACCCUGCAUACUAUGCCAAAGCCGUCGCCUCGUUCGGCAACGCCAACGAUGGACUCGCAGCGGAGGAGAAGAGCAAGGCGGCGCGCAUCGGUCGAGACUGGGCGGCCCUGGACGACGGGCGCGCCGACGUACUGGAAAUCAACGCGAAUGAUGGGCUCGCCGCAGGACGCGCCGAGGCCGCUCGCCGCGAGCGCCUUGUUCGUCCCAAGACAGACGAUUUCGAGUACAAGCCUGUCGGGCAGACCAAGGGCCUGGCGCAGGACCGCCACCAGCUCUCGUCUCUGUUGUCGAGCGCGUACGCGCAGCGCGACGAGCUCGAGGCGCGGAUCCAGGAGAACAGGAAGAACAUGCGGAACGCACAGAUGAAAUAUGGUUUCUGAUUUUCCUGCCAACGAUAGACAUCCACCCCGGAGGGGUUUGCGCGAGGAUGUCACAAGUGGGCGGAUGUCACAGGAGGCGUGGCUAUUAUCUCAAUACUCCACUGUCGCGACUGGUGUACAACGAUUGUCCAUGCACAUGAUACAACAACAAACUGCCGCGGACGCCUUAUAAGAAGAGGGCGUGAUAUCGGCAUCGUGAUGCGGGGAGCGUCGAGCCAGCCGCCCACGUUCAUAAGUCAUGACGUCGUCAUCGAAGUCGUGGCCGUCAAGGCAGGCGGCGGCUGCGCGGUGUCGCGCUGGGCGGGUGUACGUGAUCUUCCAAAGGCACUAAGCGGAUGCGAACGAGCCCAUGCGAAUAGCGAGCGCCUGCUCGUUGUAGAACUCGAGCUCUCGGAGG